AUGAAGUUCACCACUGCUCUACUGGCCUUGGCUGCCACCGCCCUUGCCACUGAUUGGGAUCACGAUAAGGGCAAGCACAAGACGAAGACCAUUACCACUGAAAUUAUCACAACUUACACCACCUUGUGCCCGAUUACCAAGACGCACUACCUUCCGGGUAAGACCGAGUAUGUGACGGAGACGACUAUCAGCACUGUCACAACCAAGGUUCCGACCAUUAUUUAUGAGACGGUUCCUGGACCAACUGAUUAUGUCACGGAGACUGAUGUCGAAUACACCACAUACACAAGCUGGUGCCCUAUCACUAAAACCAUCACGGGAGAGGGACACACAUAUGUGACUACGGUCACUGAGCUUUCGACCAUUACCGAGAAGGUGAAGACCAAGGUUUACGAAACCAUUCCCGGCCCUACUGCGGUCGUGACGGAGACAGACAAGGUGUUGACCACUUACACCAAGUACAUCCCUCACACGAAGACAAUCACCGGUGAUGGAAAGACCUGGACCACUACUGUCACUGAAACCGAAGUCAUUGUCACAAAGGUGCCGACUAAGGUCUACGAGACCGUUCCUGGCCCCACUGAGGUCGUGACGGAGACAGACAAGGAGCUGAUCACUUACACCAAAUUUAUUCCCCACACCAAAACCAUCACCCAGGGAGGAAAGACUUGGACCACUACAGUCACUGAAACCGAGGUUGUUGUCACAAAGGUGCCCACCAAGGUUUACGAGACCCAGAAGCUCCCCGACGUUACCAAGACGGAGAAGGAUGUCGAGUACACUACCUUGACGACUGUCUGCCCUGUGACGGAGACCAAGGUUGUCGAUGGCCACACUGAGGUUAUUGUGCACACCACCACGAGCACCAUUGUCCAGAAGGUCCAGACCACUGUUGAUGUCUACACCACUCUCAAGACCACGAAGCACGUGGAGACUGAGGUUUAUGAGACCAUUACCAAGCCCGAGACCACCUACAAGACCGUCGAGCAUGGCGAGACCAUCUGGGUUACCAGCACGGGAACCAAGAAGAUCUACGUUACUGCCGUCCACACAAUCACUGAGGUCAUUCCCGUCACCAAGACUAAGAAUGUCGAGGUCACUAUCCCCGUUACUGUUGGAAGCAAUGAGGUCGUCACUCAGAAGUCCUGGGUCUACGUUACUGUCUCCGGUACAGUUCACCAGACAGUUGUACAGGAACCCAGCACCGUGGUUGUUCCCGCCACCUCCGUUGUGACGAUCCCUGCCACCACCGUUGCUGUAUCGACCGCCCCAGUCGUUGUUUCGAGCGGCGCCGCCAACCCCCAGAACGGCCCUCCUGCCGCUGCCUUCCUGGCCGGUCUCUUUGGUGCCGUUGCGCUGCUCUAA